GAGACUGUACAGCUCUUGCCAGUCCUCUUAUUAAACAGGCGUGAAGUAAAAGUACUGCUAAGAAAAGAGGUGAUAAAACAUGUUAUAGCUUUUCCACGACUGAGUUUCCCUUGUUCCUCCUGCGGUCAGAGAAAGUGACGAAGUGAAGCAGGUGAUGGUCGAGGUGGAGCAAACAUGUCCGACGACGACGACGAGAGUGUUUGCAGUGUAGUUGAGGACGUGAGGGUGAAGUUUGUGGAGGAGACAGUUUGUGCUCUGCUGCGACUCAGCCGUCAAACAUGGGAAAAAAGUGCCGCUGACGAGGAGUUUCAGACUCUUCUGAAAGACUUUUUUGAGAAGGAGUUUGUUAUUUUCUUCACAGCGAUAAAAGGUUGUCUGGUUGCCUUAAAGCAGGUCCCACCUGUUGCUCAAGACAAGAAAAUCUAUUUACUAAAGAAGAGGUUUGAGCCUGUGAGCUCUGAAAACUACAGGGAACUUGUGCUUUCUGGCCUCUUGUCUCCCUCGCCACUUCUGCAGCUGGCAGGCACAGUGGAGCAGGUAUGCGCCCCACUGCUGUCAAACAACAAAAACCACCAGAUGUGGCCAAAUCUGACAUCUGAAGACAUAAUUCGACAUGUGGAGAACAUGUGCAGCAAAACGUCAGUCUUACGAGGACAGGUUUUAGGGGAAAGCGUCCUCCCUCUCCCAACUGCAACUGACUGGAUAGAAAAUUUACACGACUCCGUUGAAAUGUAUAAUAACUAUGACCGGGUGUUGGCCCACACCAUAGAGACCCAGGUCAUCAUCUGGGCCAGUCUAAUCCAGAAGAUUUUAAAGGAGAAUUCAUCAGAUCUACUCAUGACAGGCUGUAAUCCCGGGCCCACCGUAGAGCUGAAGUUUUGGGCAUCCAGGAUGAGCAAUAUACAGAACAUUUAUCACCAGCUUCAGAGUCCAAUUGUUCAAAAGAUGGCAAAAAUGUUGGAGAUGAUGGAUAGCAGCUAUCAUCCAACAAUCAAGACUCUAGUUGGAAAUGUAUUUGAGGCGCUACAAGAAGCAGAGGACAUUAACCUCCAUCUGCAGCCACUGCAUGCUCAUGUGUCUCAGCUGAAGAAGAAAGGAUUUUCUCACUGGGAAACUCUCCUCCCUGCACUGUUUCACAUACUCUUCCUUAUCUGGGCCAACUGUAAAUCUUAUCAAAGACCAGCACGCAUUGUCGUGUUACUACAGGAACUGUGCAAUAUGCUCAUUGAAGAGGCAUCCACCUACCUAUCUGAUGAUCUGCUGCUCAGAGAGGACCCAGUGGAAAGUCUGCAAAUGGUAAAGAGAGUAAUCCAAGUUUUCAGAUGUUUCAGAGGCUGUUACCAGACCCAGAGGGAGCGGUUGGUCAACCAUGUGAAACAUGCACCCUGGGAUUUCCCAUCUGCCAUGAUUUUUGCACGUUUCAACCAGUUCCAUAAUCGUAUGCUACAGCUGGAGGGCUUAUUUGAAAUAAUGCUGGAAUUUCAGAGGAUGGAAAAGCUGGAAUUUGGUGGACUCCAAGGGAAACUCUACAGUGAGCGUGUUGCUCAGCUGUAUAAAGAGUUUACUAAUCACUGCCAAAUGAUGAAGCACAGUGAAAACAGCCCAUUUGACUUAAACUCUCAGGAUUUUGAAAAUGAAUAUAAGGCUUUCAAAGAGUGGAUUGUGGACUUUGAACGCCACCUUGCCAGCCUUCUAUGCUUGGCUUUUAAGGAUUGUUCAGGACUGGAGUCAGCUUCCAAACUGCUAACUAUUGUUGGACCCUUCCUGGAGAGAAGACAAAUUAGACUGAUAUUCAGCCCCAGCCUCCAUUUGCUGCAGCAGUAUUUCAGAGAUGAGUUGGAGAAAUGUAAAUUCCUGUUUAAAUCCCAGAUCUAUCAGCGGGAAAGAGGUCUGAUUAAGAACACGGCUCACACAUCUGGGGCUUUGAAGUGGGCAAAAAUGAUCAGACAACGCAUUGAAAUACCAUGGAAGAAACUAAGAAUACUUUUUGACAUGCUUGCAGGAAGCGUGGAGAUGGCGAAGGACCACAAAAUGUACAUGGAAAUGCUGAGUCUCCUGGAGCAAUAUGAGCAUGAUGUUUACACUGACUGGUGUAAUGGUUUAGAGCAGUCUUGCUUGAUCAACCUGAACCAGCCCCUAAUCUCCAGAAAUGCCACAUCUGGCCUGGUCUCAGUCAACUUCAAUCCAAAGCUCGCUGAAGUCUUAAAAGAUGUGAAAUACAUUCAGAGUCUCAGUAAGGGUCAGAUCCCUGCAGCUGCAAUUACUGUUUUUGAAAAGCGUGACAUGUUCACAAAGUAUGUGAGCAGUCUGCAGCUGUUAGUACAAUGGUACAACAAGCUCAAGAUGACAGUGCUGGCAGUAGAACUUCCUCUAAUCCGAGCUGAGCUGGACUCUAUAGACCUGCAGUUGAUGAGAGCAGAGACUGACUUCACAUGGCAGGACCUGGACUGCGGGAGCUUCAUCAGCACUACAAAAGAUCUGGUCCAAGACCUUGCAGGUCGAGUCUGUAAAGCCAAGGAUAACUGUGAAGCCAUUCAGUCUCUCAUGAAAGAAUGGCGCAAACAAGCCAUGUUUUGUAGAAAAGACAACAAGAGAGGUUCACUUAUACAACUGGAAGACAGAGGAGACCGUGUCAAUAAGAAGUACAACGCAAUAAUGAAGGACGGAGCUGCAGUCCAUAAGCUGGUGCAGGAGAAUAUGGUCCUUUUUCAUGCUGACCCAGCUUCAGAGAUGUGGCAGUCAUACCUGGAAUAUGUGGACGAGAUGGUGGUGGAGGGGCUUUACAGCUACAUCAGUAGCUCUCUUCAGUUUUUUGUUGACAACAUGGAGUCUCGGUCAAACCAGGCUCCUCUCUUUGAGGCUCAGUUGAUGCUGAAUGGCUCCCGAGUGGUUUUCCAUCCCUCACUGGAGCGAGAUGCAGGGGACGGCCUCUAUGAACUGAUAGAAGGACUGGUCAGAGACAUAUACAAGACAUCAGUGAAUGUGAAAAGAGUGGCUGAUCACCUGUGCAUGGAGAGUUACCAGGAUGUAAUGGAUGACAUGCAAGAUUUGUUGGACCUGAGACAAGAAAUAAUGGAGCGCGUGGAAAAUGUUCUGAGGAAAGCAGUAAUUUACCAGGGAAAGUUUGACUGCUACACGCAUCUGUGGAAAGAUGACAGUGCUGAGUUUCUCAGCUUGUUUCUCCUGUAUGGACGUCCACUUACAGAUGAAGAGACAGAGGCUCACGGAGCAGAUGUGCUCCCUGAGAGCCCUCCCACAAUCGAUAACUUCAAAAAACAGAUCGAUUGCUUUGAGGAUCUCUACAUAGAGAUUUCCAAGCUUGAGGAUUUCAGAGUCUUUGAUGGAUGGUUUCGGGUGGACAUCAAGUUCUUUAAAGUCAGCCUCCUUAACUCUGUUAUGAAGUGGAGUUGGCUUUUCAAAGAGCACCUUCUCACAUACGUCACACAGAGUCUCGAUGAGCUGCAAAUGUUCAUUCGAGACACUGUUGAAGGGUUAAAUCAUCCUGUAUCUAAAGGAAACCAUUGUGGUCUGGUGGAAGUUAUGAGUCACUUGCUGGCUGUCAGAGACAGACUAACAGCCACAGACAAGAUGUUUGAGCCUCUUAAAGACACAAUAGUACUCCUAGAACGAUACGGUGUGGCCAUACCAGAACAGGUCUACUCCCAGAUGGAGGAGCUCCCUGAGAAAUGGUGUGCUGCUAAGAAACUAACCAUUAAAGUGAGGCAUGAGGUGGCUCCCAUGCAGAAUGCGGAAGUGAUGGUUUUACGCAGACGAUGCAUGGCAUUUGAGGUUAAACAAACUGAAUUCAGGGAGAUGUUCAGAGCAACAGCACCCUUUGGUUACAUUGCAGUGUAUCCCUACAUCAGUUUGGAGAAAUCUGAAAAAGCAAUUCGAGACAUGGAGAAGGAAGUAGCAGAGCUCCAGAAGGCCACAAAUCUAUUUGAUGUUAUUAUUCCUGACUAUAGAGACAUUAAGCUCUGCAGGAGAGAAAUCACCAUCCUCAAAGAGCUGUGGGACAUUGUCAUAUUUGUGCAGAACAGUGUGAAAAACUGGACAAUGACCAAAUGGAGGGAGAUAAACGUGGAACAGAUGGAUGCCGAAUUGAGGGGGUUUGCCAAGGACAUACGGAAGCUUGACAAGGAGGCUCGUGUAUGGGAUGUGUAUUCUGGGCUAGACCUUUACGUAAAGAACCUGUUGACAUCACUGCGUGCUGUGAGUUAUCUACAGAACCUGGCAAUACGAGAGCGCCACUGGAUGCAGCUAACUGGAACAACACAGAUGAACAUCACUGUCACUGACACUACCACCUUGGAAGACCUCUUGGCGCUGCAGCUCCAUUUGUUCGAAGAUGAAGUUCGCAAUAUAGUGGAUAAGGCAGUCAAAGAAGUGGCCAUUGAGAAGGUUGUGACAGAAAUCAGUGAAAGGUGGGCAUCAAUGGAGCUUUCAUAUGAAGAUCAUUACCAUACCUCCGUGCCUCUUCUUAAAUGUGAUGAGGAGCUUAUUGAAACUCUUGAGGAUCAUCAGGUUCAGCUUCAGAGUGUCUUUCAGAGCAAGCAUGUAAAUCACUUCCUGAUCCAGGUGUUGGCGCGAGGCCCCUUAUUUUCCCGCGGCGCUUAUAUCACACACGACAAUAAUAUAUUGUUUAAUCCCACGUGA